CAAAAUCAAUAAAGGAACAAAAAAAAGUUUUUUUUUCGUAAUUAGGAAAUAAUUUCGAAGACAUUGUCGAUUUUAUUCUCUUCAGUUGUUUUCAAUUUUUCAACAAUGAAGACGUUAACGUUAAACGUGAGAAUUUUAAAAAUUUUGGGUUUAAUUGCCCCGAAGGAAAUGAAUUCCUUUCGACACGUAUAUUUCAUCUAUCGUUUGAUUUUUUAUUUUUUGUUAACAUUCUCUGUUAUUGAUUUACUCAAUUUUUAUACACGUUCAAUUAGUUUAAUUAAUUUCGUGGAUAUAUUUCCGGUUGCACAUAUUUCCGUGUCGGCGUGGUGUAAGGCGACAAUUUUCAUUUUCAUUAAUCGCAAAGUUCAUGGGGAAUUAUUGCCAAUGACCGAGAAAUUUCAGAAAUGUGAGAAAAUUGAAUUUUUCCUGAGAAAAUUAUUAAUUGGCUCAACUUUAAUAUCAAUUGUUCCAGUAUCAAUUGCAUUAUUACAGCCAAGAGUUAAUUUAAAUGAUAAAUGGAUUCCGUUUCAUUCUUCAUUACCAUUUAAUUAUGACGAUAAAUUUCAAUAUAUUGUGGGUUACAUUUAUCAAACGAUUUGCAGUUAUUAUGUGAUUUUCAUUGAUUUUCAAAUUCCAUUCUUUUUGAUAUCAUUGUUUAUUCAUUCGGCACAUCAAUUGCGAGUGAGUCAAGAAAAUUUCUCCAAUAUCGUGAAAGAAAUUUCAUUCGAGGAAAUCAAAAUUAAAACCAAGAGAGUUCGAAUGAAAAAUUGGUAUCCUGUGAAAAUUAAUUUCAAAAAUACUGUCAAGCAUCAUGCUCACAUUUUAUGCUUUAUUCGCAAAAUUAAUCAACAAUUAAGCGUCAUAAUUUUACUGGAAUUAGUGAGCAGUUUGUUAUUAUUUGGAAUUUCGGUGAUUAAUGCAACUCAACUUGCAAAUGGUGCUUUAGUGGGAUAUUUAACUAUAAGUGGAGUAAAAUUCUUUUUAACGACUUACUACAGUGAAAUAAUGUCGUACGAAAGCGUUCAAAUUUCAAAUAUUGUUUACAUGACGACACAUUGGGAGAAGCAAGUGACUGAAUUUCAAAAAGAUAUGUUUUUCAUUAUUCAAAGAAGUCAGAAACAAGUUUUUGUAACUUAUAUGUUUUUCAAUAAAUUUGGACUUAACGUCUUUAUAUGGAUUUUAAAAGCGUCAUACUCCUACUACACACUUUUCAAACAAAAAUUAAACGAACAGAAAUAAAAGUAAUAAGAGAGAUUUUCUUGGGAUAACUUUUUCAGUCAAAAAAUGAAAAAAAAUAUUUAAUAAUAUUCCAGACAAAUUUUAUUCUAUUCGUAUAUAAUAAUUAUU